UUGUAGUAGACUCCCCCGAGGGCACUGUUCAGACUCCUAAUGAAGGCAUGUGUGACCCUAGAUACAUUCUCUCCAGGAUGGACUUCCCCAGCUGUCUGCGCCCCUCGUUGUUUAUGGCUGGUCCUCUUGGCAUGACUGAUGGCCCUGACCUGUCCUUCAUGUGCAGCUGGAGAGAUGCACUGACCCUGCCAGGGUCCCAGCCACAGAACUGCAAGGACGGGACAUUGCCGUUGACCAAGAACCUGCUGUGGGAGCCAACCACACCAGGACCCCUCCCCCUGCUGCCUCCUGGUCAUGAUCCCUGGGAACCUGGCAUGACCCCUCGGGAUCUGCUUUUCCGGGGAGGUCACUGCUACCAGUUCCGGCCUCAAGUUGGGCUGGAUGUCACUCAGCAGGUCAGCCACUUCUUGUGGGACCAUGGGGACAUAGCCUUCGCACCCCUGGGGAAGCUCAUGCUGGAGAACUUCAGAUUGGAGGGGAACAAGGGCUACUCGAAAAAGAUGACCAUAGUCAGCGCGAAGAGGCUGCUUCAGGACCUCGGUGGACACCAGCCCUGGGGGUGUCCUUGGGCCUUCCUCAGCCGCCGACUUCGUCGCUUCUCCAUCCUUGGGGGUCCUGUCCUGAGCAGGUCAGUGUCGGUGCUUAUGGGGAGGCUGCUGCAUGAAGAGCUGGCUUUUCGGUGGGAGCAGUUGCUGCUGGAUGAGGCCUUCACUGGGGGUGCCUUGGCCUGGCUCCCUGGAAGGACAGCACGGGCUGGGCAGCUGGUCUACCCUAGUGGAGGUGCCUUGGACAAGCUGUAUUUCCAGGAGGUCAAUGUGAAUUCAGGUGGCAGUCCCCGGGUCCUUGAGGACCCUGGGCACAUCCAGCUGCGGGGACCUGUACGGCAGGUGGUGACCAGCACUGUCCAGGGAGAAAGUGAGAUUCCUUCCCCUCCCUCCUCCCCCAGCUGGCUACCUCCCCGCUAUACACCCACUGCGGGCCUGACCUUUCUGUCCUCCCCAGCAUUUCUGGCCGUCCGCUCUGACUACCACUGUGCCAUGUGGAAGACUGAGAAGCAGGGGCCCCCAGCACCGCUGCAGGUGCUGCAGGUGGAGAAGGGGGCCACUGGUGUCAGCCUCAGCCCUCACCUGCCAGGAGAGAUGGCCAUCUGCAGCCGUUCUGGAGCUGUGUGUCUGUGGACCCCACAAGAUGGGCUGCAGCUAGUCUACAAGGACCCUGAGACGCUUGCCUUCCGUGAUCCUUCUACCUGGCGCUGGACAGACUUCACUGCCCACCCCCGGGUGCUGACUGUGGGUGACCGCACAGGUGUGAAGAUGGUUGACAUUCAGGGUCCCCCAGGCUGUGGGCUGCUGCUGUUCCGUGCCGGAGCAGAGGCUGCCUGCCAGAAAGGAGAGCGGGUGCUACUUGCCCAGUACCUUGGGCAGCCAGGUCCCACCUGCACUCCUCUGCAUCUCAUCUGCACCCAGUUCUCGAUAUACCUGAUGGAUGAGCGCCUCCCCCUGGUGCCAAUGCUCAAGUGGGACCAUGGCCUGCCGUCUGCACCCCUGCUUGCCCGCCUGCUACCCCCAGCUAGCCCUGGCUACCCACGGCCCCUGCUACUGGGGGGCCAGGGUGGACAGCUUCAGCUGCUGCAUAUAACAGGAGAGGGGAUCUCCGUGCCCCAGCUGGCAGGACCUCCUCAGUCUCUGCCCUCCAUCAUCGACUCCCUCUCCGCCUUUCCUCCACUGGAACCCAAGAGGCAGCAGCAGCUGCAGGAGCGUCUGGAGGCACCAGUCAUAGGUCUGGCUGCCGCCCCACCCUGUGCCUCGGCCCCAGCACUGCUGCUCUUCCAGCUGUCAGCAGCUGGGGACGUCUUCUAUCAGCACCUACGCCUCCAGCCAGCCUCUAGUCUUGGAGAAGGAGAGCCACGUGAUCACUCAGCACCAGAGGGCCCUGCAUCCAAGGCAGUAGCACCUGUGGGCCAGUCCUCUUGGACCCCUCAGGCCACUGUCCGUUGCAGCCGUUGGAUGGAGGCCCUGAUGGAGCUGGCCCCCGCUUGUCCAGUCUGGGCCGCCCCCACCUUUUCCCACCGUCGUUUUCUGAGCCACAUGGAGCAGCAGAAGAGCCAGACCAUGUCACAGAAGCUCCGAGCAGCCAUGGCCAAGGGGAAGCUCUUGCGGCCUGAGGAUCUGGGUACACUCCCCAGGGCAGAGCCGCCCCCUGCACCUCAGUGCAGCCAGCAGGAUGAGCUCACUGAGCGCUUGGCAGAAGCCUGGGAAGGUGGGGUAGCCUCCUGGUGGAAAAGGCAUCAAAGUCAGACCUCAGGGUCCCAGACACAGACCAAGCGGCCUAAGCGCCGGACUCAGCUGUCUAGUACCUUUUCCUCACUUACGAGCUACUUGGACUUCCCAGAUACCAGCAGCCUCCCUUGUAGCCAAGACCAUUCUACCUCAGAGGCCUGGCCUCGGCCUCCAGGGACCCCACCCUCCCAGGAGUUGACACAGGAGCUGUGGGCCCAAGGUGUACAACGUGAACGUCGGCAGACCCUCCGGGACUACAUGGCCAAGCUGCCACUUAAGGACACUCCAGGACCUGUGGCUACACCGCCCUCCCAGGCCUCCAGCCUCCGGUCCAUGCCCUUCAGGCAACAAGCACCUCUCCUCUCUGGCUCCCAUCCUCCCCGGAAGAAGCCACGCAUGGGCUUCUGAGUGUGGAGAGCCAUGCCUGAAAAACUAGCCUUCAUCCUGGAGCCUUGCACUGAGCUUAGCCAACAUGGUCUCCAGGACAGAGUCUCUGCCUCCCAAGGACAGUGUGCCCAGCUGAAGGAAUGGGGAGCAAGUCUGUUUCAUGAAUUUGAUGGCAGGUUAUUUCAGAGCGCCGGCUGCAGAGGCUGCCUCAGGGUCACUGAUGUGGGGACCCCAUGGGUCCUUAGUCCCCCCACUUGCCCAGUGUGGGCUGUCACACACUGUUCCCACUACUGUUUUCAGUGCUGCAUGGAGCAGAAGUCAGGAGACCACACCACAGAAGCUUUGAGCAGCCACGGCCAAGGGGCAGCUCCUGUGGCCUGGGGAUCUGGAUACACUUCCCAGGGCAGAGCCGCCCCCUGCAUCUCAUUGCAGCGGAGUUGCUGGAAAGUAGAGCCUGUGUGUCAGUGUUAGCCUCCUGCCCUCAGAGGAAAUGGCCUCCUGUGGUGGCACAAUGUGGGUGAGCAGCUGCUGUUGGGGACUGUUUGUGUGACAGUCACAUGGGCUCUGUAGGAGUUGGUGCUUUGGCUCUGGCUCGGGGACUGAAUAAACCUGUCCACUGGCCACGAGCUGGAUGGUCAUA